GUGAUACCAGAUUAAUUCUUAGGUGAAAAAUAAUAAUCCGAAUUUGAGUAUUAGUAACUUAGAAAUCCAAGAGAUACAAUAAUUUAUAAUUUGAAUCCACCAUACUACAAUCAUAUCAUCGGUUCACUUACCUGUGUUAGGAAUGUUAAUUCGUAUCUAUCAACUUAAAAUCAGCAUGCCCCAUCUUCACCAAACUUUUUUACGAAUUUUACAUAUAUGUAACCACAUAUUUAACUAAUGUGAGGAUUCUCCACGUUAACUCGGUCGAUAAUGAUCCAAAACUCGCAAUUAUAGGUUUGAUUAUCAUUUCUAUGACAUGCACGGUACUUCCACAAGCUGCCACAACGCCCAAACAUACACCCUUUCUCUGCAUGUAGAGAUAAUAUCACCUCCCUAAAAACUACGAAGAAGAAGAAGAAGAGCGAGAACAGAGAGAAACGAAAACACAGAAUGGCGAGGGAGUUGGAGAGGAGAGACGGGAUGUCGACGGAGGCGCCUCUUGCCCCUGUCACCUUCGGCCGACAUGUUCGCGAUGACCUCGAAGAUCGAUUGCCCAAGCCGUAUAUGGCAAGAGCAUUGGAAGCCCCAGAUGCAGAGCAUCCAUAUGGGACACCAGGCCACAAGCACAAUGGCUUGAGUGUGCUGCAACAGCAUGUCGCCUUCUUCGAUCAAGACGACAAUGGCAUCGUUUACCCUUGGGAGACUUACAGUGGAUGUCGGCAGAUAGGUUUCAACCCAAUUCUCUCUCUGGUUAUAGCCGUAUUUGUCAAUGUGGCCCUCAGCUAUGCCACUCUCCCUUAUUGGCUUCCUAACCCAUUGUUCCCAAUCUACAUUUGUAACAUUCACAAGGCCAAACAUGGCAGUGAUUCGGGCACGUAUGAUACCGAAGGAAGGUACUUGCCCUUCCAGUUCGAGAACAUGUUCAGCAAGUACGCACGAACGCAGCCCGAUAGGCUCUCGUUCGGGGAGCUUUGGGACAUGACUCAAGGGAACAGACUUUCCUAUGACUUAUUCGGAUGGAUUGCCUCAAAACUGGAGUGGGGGUUUCUGUACAUCCUUGCAAGGGACGACGAAGGGUACCUUUCGAAAGAGGCUAUAAGGCGCUGCUUUGACGGUAGCUUGUUCGAGUACUGCGCUAAGAGGAACAUGGGCGGCGAUCCAAAGAUGCACUGAGGGAGGAACUGCAGCUCACAAGUUCAGAAAGCAACCACCCACCCACCCAUUUCCAGAUUUUCUUUAGAGAUCAGUGUAAUAAAAAGCAGCUCUCAGGGAGAUCAGGGACGUAGAGCAGUUAUGUUAUGGAGAACUUUGGUUUUCUCCAAACAAUGUAAUGAUGCAGACAAAUUGCUCUUGCAGUUUUCUGAUCGUGGUUGGUAAGUCUCCUUGGUUUAGCAGGAAGGGAACAUUAAUACACUCUGGAUGGGACUACGGGAGGUGUUAGGGAGCUUGAAUGUCCUGCCAGCACUUGGGAGGCCUGCAAAGCUAUUGUACUGAUCUGCAAUGGUCCGCCAGAUUCUGUAGCCGUCGGUGAUCAAUUAUAGCCUACCCGAACUGGUGUUGCUUGAAGAAGGGGAUGGUGGAAAGAAGAGUGCCAUCGACGUCAAACAGCCAUCCAUCUCUGCCAUCAUUCCUAAAGUUGCAGGUGGUGCUGAUGUAGACAAUGCACUCCUCUAUGUGAAUCGUUGUCAUACUGAACCGAUGCACGUAGUUGCUGAUGUAGUAAAUGCACUCUUCUGGGACGACCUUGCAGUCGCGGAUGCUGUGGAGCUCGACGUUCAUCGUCCAGUUCACGCUGUAGUUCUGUACGCUGAACUGCAACCCAUUUCAGGUCGAUGAUAACCAUCCGUGGUUUUACCCAUGUUGGUGACGAAUGUUCCAAUCCGCAACUGCAGGAGUCAGGGGAAAGGAGUUUGACAAAUAGCAGUUGGAGAGCGUGUUCCAAUGCUUCCAUGUAAUGAGGGUUGGCAAGAAAAACAGAACUUUUUUUCCAACAGGACACAGCCAUUCGUAAAUUCUGGGGAGAUCAAUGGUCGAGCUUAUUCACGAAAGGGGUAAAUUGCGAUAUCCAUGAACGGGAAGAAAGCAAAAUUCAAAGGAAGAGAUCAAAUUAUUGAGAGAUCACGGGAAGAAAGCACAUCUAACGCGGUAAACAUGAAAAACGCUUCAACUUCUUCAAUGUACUUCUGAUCAUCAGACUUCAAACAAAAUCCAAGUUCCACAAACACACCUACAGGUACUCUAAAAUAAAGACUAGGUUCCAAAAUCAACAAACAACAAAAGCAGGCAAGGUUAAACUAUAGCAUUGGCAGCACUUGCAAUUCUCGGCCAUAGAUCAGCACACUCCUUUCCAAUGGGACCAGUAAUAGCAGAUCCUUUCAUUUCUCCCUUCGGGUUGACAAUGACCCCAGCAUUGUCUGCAAAUGAAAAGCACAUUCGAGUCAGGAAGCGGUAUCAACUAAAAAAUGCAGAAUUCCCCUGGUAAAGAAGACAUGCAAGGCUCCUGAUGACUGCACCUAAUAUAGACUAAGGUUAAGAUGUAGGGUCCAAAUGGAGCAGAUGAGAAGACUAAUUAAACAUCAACACCUGUAACGAAGGACAACUUUUGUUUUCCAGACAUGUAACUGUAUCAACCAAUUAAAUCUUGGGAGGCUACCUGACUUAGUCUGGUUGACAGGAUAAAUUCAAUAAUGACAGUAAAAAAUCCUAAAAUCGGAAAACUAUAUAUAGGGUCCAAAUGGAGCAGAUGAGAAGAUAAAUAGAACCUCUACACCUGAAACGAGGGACGCCUUUGAUUUCCCAGACGUGUAACUGUAUCAACCAAUUACCAUUUAGGAAGCUACUUGACUUAGUCUGGUAAAUGAACAUAGGAUAAACCAUGAAAGACACUACGGCCCCAUACAAAAGAAAACCAUGGGAGGAAAAUAUGCAGUCCAAAUGGACCAGAAAAGAAGACCCAAAAACCUCUACACCUGAAACGAGGGACACAGUUGGUAUCCCGGACAUGUAACUGUAUCAACCAAUCAUCAUUUAGGAGGAUACCUGACUUAGUCUGGUAAAGAUAUGACAGCCUAUGAAAUCCACAUAAACGAUCCUAGUGUGC